GGCCUCAUCUUUCCAGCCUCGGUUUCAUCCCCAACAAUUCACGCUCAUGAAUCUUUUGCUUAAUUCAUGAAAUAAUUAACAAUUAAUCCGAUUAAUAGUUAUGUAGAUACAUGCAAUUAUUUUGAUUGAAAUCAGGUUUUCAUAACCUUUCUGACAAAUCACUGGAGAGGGCAUGAAUGAUCUUAUUACCAACCUGAAAAUAAUUAAUAUUUCAUUUCAGCCACUGUAGAUAUCAGAAUCUGACUUAUGUAAAAGCAGUUUGUAUACACACAUUAGUUUAUUAUUAUUAUUAUUAUUAUUAUUAUUAUUAUUAUUAUUAUUAUUAUUAUUAUUAUUAUUAUUAUUAUUAAGGUUAAGACUACUAUUAUGAUUAUGGUUAGGACUAUUAUUAUUAUCUGUAUUAUUGUUUAUAUUAUUGUAAAUUGAUGUGAGUAAUAAUGCAUUUAUAUAUAAACUUUAAAUGUAAUGUGGGGGUUAUUCGAGGUCAUGGGGGCUGAACAUUUACAAUAUGGAGGAGGAGGAGUUUCUAAAUCCCAGCGACACCAUUGGCCUGGGCCCCAGGCUCCUGCUGCAGCCUGCAGCCACCCCAGGGUGCGGGGGAGGAAGGAAUCUGAAGAGAGGAAAACUGAAGGGGACGAGGACUGAGACACAUGCACCUGCAGCAGUGCGCGUCUUUGUGUGUGUGUGUGUGUGUGUGUGUGUGUGUGUGUGUGUGUGUUUGUGAGUGUGAAGGAGAAUGACGCACACGUACACGGCUUCAGGCAGAGCAAGGAUGGAUCACGAGGAGGAGUUUGUGGAUAUCCUGGAGGAGAGGAGGCGCAGCUGCGACCUCGGCCAUGCCCUCAGGACCUUUAAACCGCACCCCUACCAAGGAGGGCCGCCCUGCUCCACGGCUGAGCUCAACAAAGCCGUGCUGGAGUCCCAGUAUCUACGCUACGUGGCCAAAGAGAUCGCCAUGGAGACGGGGUCGUCGGUGGUGAAGGUGAGGGAAGAGGCUCGCAGGCUUUUGGAGGAAAUGUCUCACAACCUGCAGCUGAGCUCUAUCCGGCUGAUGGGCUACACCUUCACCAAGGUGGCCAAGAGGCUCUUCAGCAGCAUCUACGUCAACAUGGAGGGCCUCAGCACGCUCCAAAAAGCCAUCCAGGAGACGCCCGUCAUCCUGAUGCCCAAUCACAAGAGCUACGUGGACUUCUUAGUCAUCUCCUACAUCCUGUUCACCUACGACAUCCCUGUUCCUGUUAUCGCUUCAGGAAUUCAUCUUGCAGGGUUGAAGAUGGUGGGAGAGAUACUGCGUCGCUCGGGGGCGUUUUCCAUCCGCCGCGCCAUCGGCUCUGACAAACUGUACUGGGCAGUGCUGUCGGAAUAUGUCAAAACCAUUGUCAGGAAAGGAUUCGCUCCCAUGGAGUUUUAUGUGGAAGGGUUGAGGAGUCGCACACUGAAGUCACUGAUGCCAAAGUUAGGUAUGAUGCACAUGGUGCUGGAGCCCUACUUUAAGAGUGAGGUGUUUGACAUCACACUGGUUCCCAUCAGCAUCAGCUACGACAGGCUGCUGGAGGAGUCGCUGCUCGCCAACGAGCUGCUGGGUGUCCCCAAGCCCAAAGAAACCACCACAGGUCUGCUGAAGUCCACCAAAAUACUCCAGGAAGAUUACGGCAGCAUGCAUGUGAACUUCGGCCGCCCGAUGUCAGUCAGACAGAUGUGUGAGGGCAAGAUCAACCGCUGCCAGUACAAUCUCACACCCAGGGAUCUUCCUCAGAAGCCCACUGCGGAGGCUCAGGCCUGUGUGAGCUGGCUGGCUCAUCUCAUGGUGCGGGUCCAGGACGAGGGCUCUGUGAUCAGCCCGUGGACUCUGAUGGCCUGCCUGUUGCUCCAGGCUCCGAUCACAGCGCUAACGGAGGAGGGUCUGCUGUGGCACCAGCUCACUGGAAAAACCCUCUGGCUCAGGAAGCUGGUGCUGGACUGCGGAGCUCGUCUGAACUGGCCUGCACAAACCCCUGACUCGGACGUGAUGUCCUCCGCCGUGGCCCUCCAUUGCUCCGUAGUUCAUCGGAAAGCGGGGCGUGUCUACCUGGUUCAGGAGGAAGAGCCGGCGAGGAGGCAUCCAAUCAGCCCACGGGAGAGUGUGAUGAGGACGGCGUCUGGGGUGCUGAUGCUGGCCUCCUACAGGAAUCAGUCGCUGCCCUUUUUUGUGCGUCCGGCCCUGCUCGCCACGGCCUUACACAUCACACAGAGCACACAGAGGGACGAGCUCUUCGCCUUCUUCUGCUUCCUACAGGAGCUCUUCUCCUACGAGUUCAUCUCCAUCCCGGGCGAGUUGUCUCAGGAUUUUGAGGAGGCGUGUUCCCUCUUGAAGAAAUGUGGAGCCGCCCACAUCAGCCAGCAGGAAGUGACGCCUUCAGAGGGGGGGAUGGAGACGUUAUCCUUCCUGCAGGCUCUCAUUCAACCUUUCAUAGAUUCAUACCAGGUGAUGCUCAGGUACCUCUCUGAAGAAGGCGAUCAGGUGCUCACAGAGAAACAGUUCCUACCUGCGGUGAGAAACCUGGCUACAAGGCUCAUCCUCUCAGGUGAGCUGGACACCUAUGAGGCCCUCUCAUCGGACACGCAGAAAAACCUUUUGCUGGCCCUGCGGCGGCUGGAGGCUGUGACAAAGUCCAGGGCCUCCGAGGAGAACGAAUUCAACGUGAACAAAGCUGCCGUCAGAAGCAUUGGAGACGUACUUUCUGGGAAAAUCCCUCCCCAGAUGCUCCAGAUGACACCUGACGCAAGACUUUAGUCUCCGUUUGGAACGGAUCCAUCUUCGGGAAUCAGCCCACAGCCCUGUUCACCCCUGCUCGACCCUUUUCACCCUUCCUGUCAUCGCAUCUUUGUACCUCCUCCCCGUCUGUGCUGUUCAUGCAGCCAUCAUCAAUACAACUGCUGAGACAAAAUAUUUUAUAUCCAGGAUACAUAACUUGGCUGCUUUCCAAUCGGUCUCCGGGUACUCGUUCUCAUCCCUUACAUGUCUAAAAGAACAGGGCUAAGAUAAAAUGCCAAAAAGUGAAAUUAUUGCUGAUUUUUUUUAUGGCUAUAAUCAGAAAGAAAGACAUUUUUAGAGAGACACACGUGUUUUUCUGGGCCUCUAACUUUGCCAUACUGAAUGAAUAACUUACUUGUGUUAAUAUAUUUGUAACAUUCUGUCUUUGAUUAAUUAUUGAUUGACAUGCUGACAUAGUAAGUGCAGAUAGAUAGUAGUAAAAACUCAACUAUGUACCAAUGUCCAUGUAGCGAUAAAGGUCUAAUUACAAUAACCAUGCCAAAUCAAUUUGUUUGAGACGUUUAUUUUAACUUCGUUACAUCUCAAUAAAUAUGUAAAACAGUUGUAACAAAAUGCA